AUGAAGCACGAGCAUCCUGUGGGAGCAGAUGGACAACUGGUGGGCGAUCCACAGAUUGUUCUCUUUCUGAUAUUUCUCUUUGUUUAUCUUGUCACUCUUCUGGGAAACGUGGGGAUGAUCAUUCUCAUUUGGAUGGAUUCCAGACUCCACACUCCCAUGUACUUUUUUCUCAGCCACUUGUCCUUUGCGGAUGUCUGCUCCUCUUCUGUUAUUGGUCCCGAGAUGCUGACCGACAUCUAUGUGGAGAAAAAAGUAAUCUCUUUUUUUGGUUGUGCUGCCCAGUUAUGGGUUUUUGGUCAUUUUGUAGUCACUGAAUGCUUCAUUCUGGCUGCCAUGGCAUAUGACUGGUAUACGGCCACUUGUAAACCCUUGCUGUAUACACUCAUUAUGUCCCAGCAGGUCUGUGUGCAGCUGGUGGUAUGGCCUUAUGCCAUGGGCCUCAUAAGCACUUUGACCCAUACAACCCUCACCUUUCACCUGCCCUACUGUGGCCCAAAUAUAAUCAAUCACUUCUUCUGUGACCUUCUUCCGGUUCUCUCCUUGGCAUGUACAGACACCCAGGUCAACAAAUUUUUACUUUUCAUCAUGGCGGGAGCCCUGGGAGUACUCAGUGGUGUGAUCAUCUUGGUCUCCUACAUUCGUAUUGUCAUUGCAUCUGCUGAUGGGAGGUGCAAAGCCUUCUCCACCUGCUCUUCACACCUGACAGCCAUCUCCAUCCCGUGUGGGACUCUCUUCUUUAUCUGUGUGCGUCCAAGCUCUAGUUUCUCUCUGGACAUCAAUAAAGUGGUGUCCCUGUUUUACACUGCAGUGAUCCCCAUGUUGAACCCACUUAUCUAUAGCUUGAGAAACAAGGAGGUCAAAGAUUCACUUAGAAGGAAGUUAGAAAGGAAGAAGAAGAAGGUAAAAAAAAAAAAGGUGUUUACUAAUCAAGCACAGAAUAUAAAUAAGGUGAUCCCAGUAGAUAUUUUACUGAGUUUAAGGACAUCAAGAGCAAGACCAUUCCACCCAGAGAGGCCUGAGAGCUGCCGGGCCAACAGGGCCCCAAGCGACCCGCACUGGAAAGGCAGGCACAAUAUCCCAGGACUCCCACCUGAGGCCAGUCCCCAUGGCCCAGAGAGGCCCAAGCUGCCGGUCCACAGGCCCCAAGGAAGCCAUACUGAAUUGAGAGUCCCAGCAGGAUCCAAGACAGACACUAGGGUCAAACGAGUGGACCACAAGAUCCUCUGCCACAAUGACUAA